CAAAUUUUUGCCAAGAGCUGUGAGCGGAACACUAGUUUCCGGCACGGCGAAAUGGAAGACAACGAGCAACCGUCGCAUGAUUCCGCUGCUGCCGCCCUCCAGCAGAAGCACGCAGCGAUGCUGGAGCGUCUGGCGAACCGCCACCAGUCCCGCGCCGCGGCAAAGCCCGACUCCAACUCAUCCGGAUCCACACAGUCGUUCCUCUCCCAGUUCUCGCAAUCGAAGCUCUCAAUCGACGCCCAAAUCUCCCGGAUCCGAACGCUACCCAACCCGCCUCAAAAGGCCGAGCUUGAGGCGAUCUCCCUCGAAAUCUCUGCCCUCGAGAAGCUGGUCGCGGAGCAUUCCUACUUGCUCCCGCCCUACGAAGUCCGCAAUUCCCUCACCGCCAUCACCCAACUCAGGCAAACCCUAGAUGACGCCUCCGCGGCCGUCGCUCCUAAGAAGAAAUUCUCCUUCAAGAAUAAAUCAUCGAAGAAGAGCACAGCCCCAGCCUCAGAUCAGAAGAGUGAAGUCGUUUCUGAAGUGGAGGGCAAUAAGAUCAUCCCCAAAUUGGGAAAGUUAGGAUUUAUGGAUUCGAGCGCUGCUCCCGGGUUCAGGAACAAGGAUAAAGAGAAAUUGGAGAUGGAAUUCAACAGAGGCGAGGUGGAUGCUCGAAAUGGGGAGUUCACGCUGUCGAAUUUGAGGGAUUGUGAGGUGAGAUUGAAGGGUUGUCUGAGGGCAUUGUUUGUGGAUAAUGUGGUGAACUGUAAGGUUUAUGUUGGGGCGGUGAUGGGUUCGGUUUUGAUCGAGGGAGCGGAAGGGUGUGUGUUCUUGCUGGCCUCGCAUCAGAUUAGGAUUCAUAAUGCUAAGAAUUGCAGCUUCUAUCUUCGGGUGAGGAGCAGACCUAUAAUCGAGGACAGUAAUGGCGUUAGGUUCGCGCCGUACUGCUUGAGUUACAGAGGGAUAGAGGAGGAUCUGGCAGAGGCAAAUCUUGAUGAGGAGACUGGGAAUUGGGCGAAUGUGGAUGAUUUUCGAUGGUUGAGGGCUCUGCAAUCUCCAAACUGGUCAGUUUUGCCAGAAGAUGAUCGUGUGGGGAUGGUGAACAUUUCCUGAAAAUAUUUUAUGGAGUCGUAACAUCAUCACUUGGCACCGGAACGUCCCGACACAAUGGCGGAUGUCUCAAUUAAAAAAUCGGAACGUCCGCCGGGACGUCCGUCGUGGCACCGCAAUAGCGGACGUCCCGACGGACGUUGUCGGAAAGCUGCGGAUCUGCGGUGUCCGCAUCCGCCCCUCACACGCCUAAUGGCGGACGUCCGGCACACAGGGACGUCCUCCGUUGUGGAUGCUCUAAAACAUGUCAAAAUGGUCGGAUCGGAAAAUUUUGUGAAUCAAUGAAGUGAUUGAGAUUCAUCAUCUAUUCAGCAGUAGCAUGAGUUUUACUAAUCAAUUGUGCAAAUAGUUUUACUAAUAAAUUGUAUAAAUAGUUGUGAAAAUUUCACUUCGUGUCUCGAUCUUAAUAAAUUUCGAGUUGAUUUCCCCUUGUUA